CGUCAGCAACAUUUUCUGAAGUAGAGCGUUACGUAAUUUUGAUUAGCUUGGAGUUUCCUCGGUACGAUUUACGAUAUAAUAUUGGAAGUUAUCUCCUACUUUGUUUAUGAAUGACUAUAAAUAGGCUUACAAGAAACAGCUCGUACUAUCUUUGAUUUGGUUUUACCGUGUAGAUCUUGAAGUUUUGAUUUAUUUGCCGCUACAAUCCCGUGCUGCAAACUUUGGUAAAAAUCAACCAAUUCGAACGUGAGGAAAUUUGUCAUUCCAUUCAUAUACAGAAAGUUGAUAGGAAAAAUUUUCAUUUGGUAUCUAUUAUUCUUGUGAUGUCUUCUUAAAACCUAUAUGAUCGGGACGUAAUGUAGCACUUACAGUUUAUGUUUUUCAUGAAAUAUCCAAAAAAACCUCUAGUUUAAAGGUCGUCACUUAUGUGACGUCCUUCUACCCAUUCCCAAAUUGUUUAAGUUUGGUGCUUUCUGGAGUUGUGUUGAAUAUUACUUGUUGACUUUUUUCAGUAUUACGAUAAUGAAAUAUCAAUAGCCUAGAGUACAUAAUUCUUACUUGUGAAUUAAAACUCUUGCUUGUAAAGGUUCACUUGAGUAACCAUGAUAUGGUCUUGGAAUUCGAUUGCGAAAUUACUUGUCCCUUGUGAAGUUCUACUUGUUACUAAACUAAUUUUUUGUUUAUUAUCAUUCCCAAAAUGUCUUUUUUCUUACAGUGCAGCUUUGUCUUCUGUGAUUGGAUGUAUAUUUUCAUCUCCAAUAACAGUAUUUUCAUUUUUCCUUGUAAUGAAUUGGUUAUCUUAUUACUUUUACUUAUUAGUUUUUAUAACCAUUUCUAGUCGAUCAAUCUACUCAGAUAUUUGUAAGUUAAUUCACUUGGGAAUAACUUGUAAAGUCCCGUUUACCUUAAGUAACAUCGAGUUGUUUAUCUAUACAUAUACAAGUACGCUUUACUUUUUGGGGUUGUUAAAUGAAAAAGAAUCUGUUUUCGGUGUUAUUUGUUGCUUUUUGGUUUUCUUUUCCUUGUGUCUCUAUCGUUGCGUUCUUUCCUGGAAGGUAUUACGCUUGUCCAACAACCAUUUUGUACACCUUUUGUUAGAUGCACGUCUACCCACAAGCUUAUUUUUGUAUGGCUUAUAUAUUACUUGGCUUCUCAGUGUAUGUUUUUAUCUAGGGUCGCAUAUUUUUACACGAAUGUCCACUUCUGUUUCCAAUACUAUUCUCUGUACUGGUAUUUUUCUCCUACAAGUUCAUGUUAGUUUGAUCCUGGCUUCUAUUAAGCUUUUGAUCUUACCCGUCAAAAGUUGCAGUUUGUACAGAAUGAUUUCUACUUCAUUUUUAUCUAUGGAAGGAAUUAGUUUUCUUCUUAUUUUAUCUUAUUCUGCAUGGAAAUUCUAUCUAAGCGAGUCAUCUCUUGUGUACUUAGGAUACGCUGAAAUAUCAAGUCAUGUCAUUUUCUUAACCGUUAUCUUUUGUCUUCUAUAUGUCUAUGAAAAUUUAUUACCAUCAGUACAGUCAGAAUUAUUUUCUAUGGACAAAAUUACUAUUUUACCUCCUGAUUCUUGUAGUCUGUGCACUUUAUCACUGUUUCAACCUAGUAUUUUGACAUCAGAUGUUACUCUCAACUUCAGUGGCGAAUGCCAGCACUUAAUGCAUACAUCAUGUGCACAAAUUUCGGAAUCGAUCUCAUUCCCUUGCUUGCGAUGUUCUAUAGAAUCUUUCAGCUGUGUACAGGAUGCCAAUAAUAAUUCGGCGAUUCUCAAUGAAUUACACUCUAACUAUGCUGACUCUGAAGUAUCUAAUACUUCGAAUUCACUGGAAGAAUCUUCAUCAAAUUCUUCCAUUUAUGAUGAUAAAGACGUAGAUUUAAGUGUUUAUUUAAAUUUCGAUCAAUUCAAUAAAAGCAAUGUAAGCCGAACAUUACGCAAACUGGAUGGAUCCAGUUCUUCUUUGUUUUCUGUUGAUGACGAUGUUGACAACGACGUUUUAUCAACAGACAGUGCCGAGUGGAAUUAUAAUAAUCCUAGUUGUGAAUCAGAUAUAAGCAACUUUUGAACACAAAAACAUAUUAUUCAGCACUAUCCACUUAUUUUUGACUUUCAAAACUAAUAUUUUUACAUCUUUUUUUUUCUGGGAAAAAAGAUGAUAUCCCACCUAGUCUUUGCAUUUGUACUUGCUAAGAGUCGUUUAUACUAUAUUUUACAAACCAUCAUAUUUCUACUUACAAAUUUGUAUUAUGACCAUUUUCCUCUUUUUGAUGUUUGACAACAUCUACUAAAAAAUAAUCCACUUUUCAUGUGAUUAAUAUAACUGAAGAGUUUUUCGGUUUUCA